CCCCCGCCCCCGGCCUGGAGCCACCUGCGCCCCGCCCCACCGGCCGCACCCCAGCUAGGGAACCUCAGAGUUGGUCGUCUGAGCUUCGUGUGCGCCCAGAGGAUCGUUGCAAGUUCUGCUUCUGCCUGAACUGCUUUCCUGGAUCCCAGAAUGAGGCCUCACUGAGAGCCCUCUGCCUGUGGACGAGGGAGCGGGUCUUCGGAGAGAACUCUUGGGUGGGAAGUUGGUCUGCACUUCGGCAACAUGACCAGCCCAGAGGGCGCGCAAAACAAGGAAAUUGACUGUCUGAGUCCUGAAGCGCAAAGACUGGCGGAGGCCAGGCUCGCAGCGAAGCGUGCAGCCCGCGCCGAGGCUCGAGAGAUCCGGAUGAAGGAGCUGGAACGGCAGCAGAAAGAGACUAACGGUUAUGACGGAGACUAUUGUGGAUCCCAGUCCCUAAGUAGAAGAUCUGGCAGGCCCUCAGAGUACAGCGGCCACCUCAACUCCAGCUCCCGGGCCUCUUCUAGGGCCAGCUCUGCAAGGGCCAGUCCUGUGGUAGAAGAAAGACCAGACAAAGACUUCGCUGAGAAGGGCUCCCGUAACAUGCCCAGCCUGUCUGCAGCCACGUUGGCAUCUCUGGGUGGGACUUCCUCCCGGAGAGGGAGUGGAGAUACCUCCAUCUCCAUGGACACUGAGGCGUCCAUCAGGGAAAUCAAGGACUCGCUGGCCGAAGUUGAAGAGAAGUACAAGAAGGCUAUGGUCUCCAACGCCCAGCUGGACAACGAGAAGACCAACUUCAUGUACCAGGUGGACACCCUAAAGGACAUGCUGCUGGAGCUGGAAGAGCAGCUGGCCGAGUCUCAGCGACAGUACGAGGAGAAGAGCAAGGAGUACGAAAGGGAGAAGCAUGCCCACAGCAUCCUGCAGUUCCAGUUUGCUGAAGUGAAAGAGGCCCUGAGGCAAAGGGAAGAAAUGCUCGAGGCAUUAGAAAGACAGAAAGAGUUCUUUGAUUCCAUAAGGAGCGAACGAGAUGACCUUAGAGAAGAAACUGUCAAGCUGAAGGAGGAGUUGAAGAAACAUGGAAUAAUCCUAAAUUCAGAAAUAGCCACCAAUGGAGAGACUUCAGAUGCAGUAAAUGACGUUGGGUAUCAAGCCCCUACAAAGAUGACAAAAGAAGAACUGAAUGCCCUCAAGUCGGCCGGGGAGGGAACCCUAGGAAAAGCCAAAGAAGUGGAGGUGAAAAAGGAAAUUGUGGAGAAAGUGGGGCAAAGAAAAACCUUACAGAAUUCUGAGCAAGAUCAGCCCAAACCCAACACAGGAAAGGAUUGUGUGGACAGAGGGGUAUCACAUCCUGGUGAGAAGGCUGAGGACCAGAGACCCGCUGAAGACAAUGCCCUGUCCCCUGGACCACUAGCAGGGACCAAAUGUGAGCCACAGGUUCAGAGCCAAGACCAAGAGAACACAUCUGUCCUCAAACACCCAGAGCAGAUCGAGUCACACAAGGUCACAAACAAGUCAGAUGGUAGGGCCAGCAACUCCCCUGAGCAGUCCGGCUGCCUGGGGGGUCUAGACAGUGAAGCGUCAGGGGAUUUGAAAACAGAUUUGGGAAAAGAUAGUUUUGAACAAACACCUGAAAUUGACAAAGUGAGCUGUACAGACUCAAGGGGCACAGGUGGAAACCACACGGAGGAUGCGGUACAGGCAGGGGGUGCUGCCUAUGAGGACCAAGCAGGGACAAUGGCCUCUGGUCCCGGUGAAAGAUGUCUGAACGAUGGGCUGAGCUCAGAAAGAGAAGUACCCGAGCCCGAGGAAGGCCUCGUUCAGAGUCCACGGGCAGGUGGAGAGAACACUGCUACCGAGGCCGAAGACUCGGAAGUAAGGGAUGAGAAGCCCAUGCCGGCAACCCCUGGGGCUCCCAUAGUUCAGAGCGGCCCUCAGGGCACAGCAGGACCAGGCAGCACAGAUGCCAAGCGCACACAGCCUCACGCGAAAGAGCGCAGCAAGCAAGCCAAGAGCGAGCAGCAGGCAGAGGCCUUGGAUUCACCCCAAAAGAAGACAAAGAACAAGAAGAAGAAGAACAAGAAGAAGAAAGCUGCAGCUCCCGUGGAAACCUGCAGAGAUGCGAAUGAAGAGUUAAACUGUCAGGACCCAGACGCCGGUGACGUGGAGGAGGAAGAGCGGGUCCAGGUCCCCGAUAAGAAAUCGGCAGUGGCAGAAAACCCAGAGCAGGAAAUCGGAACAGGAAGCAGAGAACCUGUGGAAGAUGCUCAAAGUGGAAAACAGAACGGACCAGAAGAGGGCGGUCCUACGGAAGGUCCCACAGACAUCGUGGAUCAGAACAGUCCCCAGUGUGAAGACAGGAACAUCUCCCCAGUGGGAAAGGAUGGUCCCCAAAGGGAUGCCUCUCAGAUAGGUAGUGAAGAGGGACAUGGGACCUCCCAACAUCCAGGCCAGAUAGCUGAGAAGGCUACUGAUGGCCACAGCCUAGACAACAGUGAUCUGUCAGGGCAGCUGGGGGGCUUCAACUCAGAAAGUGGAGAGCAGGCAAGAGAGGAGGUUGAGAACAGUAAGAAUAAGGAGGAUUGCACCAUGUCGUGAGGAGGCGGAGGCAGGGCGGGAGGGUGAGUGUCAGAGCUGGCUAAGGACUUCAGCCAUCCACCGUAUCAGAAACGCCAUCCUUCCGCUCCUUCUGCUCCUCACGAUUGUUCUAGUUUCUGUGGAUGCCCCAGGUGUCAAUCACCAAGUAUCAACUGCUUUAAAUUAUAGACUGUUACCUGUAGAUUUGUAUUUAACCAUUGAUCACCUAGCCAGUACUGUUUUUACUUUCAGUUCUAGCUGAGAACGUUCCGUUAGCAUCAAGGGACACCAGGUGUGCAGUCAGGCCUGAAGGAUGUAAAAUGUAAGGUUUGCUUCGGGCCAGGAUGAAUGUGGAUGUUCUUGACCAAGUGUUUCAGGAUCUGGUUGAAAUGACCAAAUAGAUUUCUGCAUGAUAAGCAGCAAAUAUUCAAAUAUAUGUUAUUCAAAUAGAUGUAUUUUCAUAUUUGAUCUUAAUGUGUACACCGUAGCAUGUUUGGUAUUAUAUUUAAAGGAGUAGGUGGAUAAGUAGCAUAUAGGUCAGUGGGUGAAGGAGUUACAUCUGGGUGGAGAUUAAAAACUGCAGAGAUUCAGACAUGUACCAGAAAACACAGGGAGACCACGUGCCUUUACCUCACAUAAAGACUUUAUUUUGCACCAAUGCUCUUGGAUCUUGUUGCCAAUGGUACCCAAAUUAAUGUUAUCAAAGACUUUUUACUUUAUGCGGGUGAUGUAAUAAUAAAUUCAUUUUAUAUUGAAUAUUUUAUUUUUACUCUUCUUUGCUAAUGACACAUUAAAUUACAUUUCCUACUUUGGUAUCGAGGAGAAACAGUUGUUAUUUUUUUUUUAAAGUUAUCUGUCUGCCUGAAUGUCUACUUAAAAAUUACAAAAGGCUGUUCUUACACAAAAGGACUCAUUAGAUUAUAAUCCAACAUUUUGUGUUUGCUAUAAAUAUUUUUAUUUGUUGUUUCUCAAUAUUUUCUUAUUGGAAAGUUAUUAUUUUAUCUGCCAGAAGGAAAUAUGUAUUUUCUAUAUGAAGAAACAUUUAGAAAAUAACUGUAAAGUUGAAUUUAAAAGUAUUAGUAAAUAUACAAUCACAAGAGGAUACACUGUAUGACUGCUAUUGACGUGAUAUGGAAUCAUGUGAACUCAUACUACUGUUACAAGGUAGAGUGGAAAGCAAAAUGACCCAAACCUUAGUGGAACCUGAGGCAAACUGAAGAGUCAUAUAAUUGAAAUAAAAGAAUUCUAUAAUUUUACAA